AUGGCCACUGUCACCUCUGCUGCUGUUUCAAUCCCUUCUUUCACCGGUCUUAAGGCAGGCAGUGCCUCCAAUGCUAAAGUCAGUGCCAGUGCCAAGGUCUCAGCCUCUCCACUCCCAAGGCUCAGCAUCAAGGCCUCAAUGAAAGACGUUGGUGCUGCCGUUGUCGCCACCGCUGCUAGCGCAAUGAUUGCUAGCAAUGCUAUGGCCAUCGACGUCUUGCUUGGAGCUGACGAUGGAUCAUUGGCUUUUGUUCCCAGCGAGUUCUCCAUAUCCCCUGGUGAAAAGAUCGUCUUCAAGAACAAUGCCGGAUUCCCACACAACAUUGUCUUCGACGAGGAUUCUAUUCCAAGUGGGGUUGAUGCGUCAAAAAUCUCCAUGAGUGAGGAGGAUCUCCUCAAUGCCAAAGGAGAGACUUUCGAAGUUGCCUUGAGUAACAAAGGCGAAUACAGCUUCUACUGUUCUCCUCACCAGGGAGCUGGCAUGGUGGGAAAAGUUACCGUUAAUUAAGUUUAAUUACAUGAAGAAUCUGUAGGGAUCAUCUCAUGCUUCUCUUCUUAUUUUUUGGAAGAUAGUAGAGUUUAUAAAUCUUAAUGGUGGGAAUGAGAGAAUAUAUGGGGUGAACCAAUAUUGUAUAAUGCCUUUCAAUUUUAAUCAACAUUAUUGUAGUUUUUGUGAUUCAAA